CCAGCCUCUCUCUCACGGCUGUCUUUCCUUCCUUUGCAGCAGCUGCAGGUGGUGCCAUUGUUCGGGGACAUGCAGAUCGAGCUGGCCAGAUACAUUAAGACCAGCGCUCACUACGAGGAGAACAAAUCCAAGUGGACCUGCACGCAGAGCAGCAUCAGCCCCCAGUACAACAUCUGCGAGCAGAUGGUGCAGAUCCGAGACGACCACAUCCGCUUCAUCUCCGAGCUCGCCCGCUACAGCAACAGCGAGGUGGUGACGGGCUCCGGGCUGGACAGCCAGAAGUCAGACGAGGAAUACCGCGAGCUCUUCGACCUGGCCCUGCGGGGCCUGCAGCUCCUGUCCAAGUGGAGCGCCCAUGUCAUGGAAGUGUACUCUUGGAAGCUGGUUCACCCCACAGACAAGUUUUGCAACAAGGACUGCCCGGGCACGGCGGAAGAGUACGAGAGAGCCACGCGCUACAACUACACCAGCGAGGAGAAGUUUGCCUUUGUGGAGGUGAUCGCGAUGAUCAAAGGCCUGCAGGUGCUCAUGGGCCGCAUGGAGAGCGUCUUCAACCAGGCCAUCCGGAACACCAUCUACGCCGCCCUGCAGGACUUCGCCCAGGUGACCCUGCGCGAGCCCCUCCGGCAGGCCGUGCGCAAGAAGAAGAACGUGCUCAUCAGUGUCCUGCAGGCCAUCCGCAAAACCAUCUGCGAUUGGGAGGGCGGCCGGGAGCCCCCCAAUGACCCCUGCCUGCGCGGAGAGAAGGACCCCAAAGGGGGCUUCGACAUCAAGGUGCCCCGGCGGGCCGUGGGGCCAUCCAGCACCCAGGCCUGCCAGUGGUCCCCGAGGGCUUUGUUUCACCCCACUGGUGGCACACAGAGCCGAAGAGGCUGCCGAUCCCUGCUGUACAUGGUGCGCACCAUGCUGGAGUCUCUCAUCGCCGACAAGAGCGGCUCCAAGAAGACCCUGCGCAGCAGCCUGGACGGGCCCAUUGUCCUUGCCAUCGAGGACUUCCACAAACAGUCCUUCUUCUUCACCCAUCUGCUCAACAUCAGUGAAGCGCUGCAGCAGUGCUGUGACCUCUCCCAGCUCUGGUUCCGAGAGUUCUUCCUGGAGCUCACCAUGGGCAGGCGCAUCCAGUUUCCCAUCGAGAUGUCCAUGCCUUGGAUUCUGACGGACCACAUCCUGGAGACCAAGGAGCCUUCCAUGAUGGAGUAUGUCCUCUACCCGCUGGACCUGUACAACGACAGCGCCUACUACGCGCUGACCAAGUUCAAAAAGCAGUUCCUGUACGACGAGAUCGAGGCCGAGGUGAACCUGUGUUUUGAUCAGUUUGUCUACAAGCUGGCGGACCAGAUCUUCGCCUACUACAAGGCCAUGGCGGGCAGCGUGCUCUUGGACAAACGCUUCCGGGCCGAGUGUAAGAAUUACGGGGUGAUCAUCCCGUACCCGCCCUCCAACCGCUACGAGACGCUGCUGAAGCAGAGACACGUGCAGCUCUUGGGUAGAUCCAUCGACUUGAACAGACUCAUUACCCAGCGCAUCUCUGCCGCCAUGUACAAAUCCUUGGACCAGGCCAUCAGCCGCUUCGAGAGCGAGGAUGUGACCUCCAUUGUGGAGCUGGAGUGGCUGCUGGAGAUUAACCGUCUCACACACCGGCUACUCUGCAAGCACAUGACCCUGGACAGCUUCGACACCAUGUUCCGGGAGGCCAAUCACAACGUCUCGGCCCCCUACGGCCGCAUCACCCUGCACGUCUUCUGGGAACUGAAUUUCGACUUCCUCCCUAACUAUUGCUACAAUGGCUCCACCAACCGUUUUGUCCGGACUGCUAUUCCUUUCACCCAAGAACCACAGCGAGAUAAACCCGCCAACGUCCAGCCUUAUUACCUCUACGGAUCCAAGCCCCUCAACAUUGCCUACAGCCACAUCUACAGCUCCUACCGGAACUUCGUGGGACCCCCCCACUUCAAGACCAUCUGCCGGCUCCUGGGCUACCAGGGCAUCGCCGUGGUCAUGGAGGAGCUGCUGAAGAUCGUCAAGAGCCUGCUGCAGGGCACCAUCCUCCAGUAUGUGAAGACGCUGAUCGAGGUGAUGCCCAAGAUUUGCCGCCUGCCGCGACAUGAGUACGGCUCCCCAGGCAUCCUGGAGUUCUUCCACCACCAGCUGAAGGACAUCAUCGAGUACGCCGAGCUCAAGACCGACGUGUUCCAGAGCCUCAGGGAGGUGGGCAACGCCAUCCUCUUCUGCCUCCUCAUCGAGCAGGCGCUGUCUCAGGAAGAAGUGUGCGACUUGCUCCACGCCGCGCCCUUCCAGAACAUCUUGCCCAGAGUCUACAUCAAAGAGGGAGAGCGCCUGGAGGUCCGGAUGAAGCGCCUGGAGGCCAAGUACGCCCCCCUCCACCUGGUCCCCCUCAUAGAGCGGCUGGGGACCCCCCAGCAAAUCGCCAUCGCCCGGGAGGGGGACCUGCUGACCAAGGAGCGCCUGUGCUGCGGCCUGUCCAUGUUCGAGGUCAUCCUGACCCGCAUCCGCAGCUACCUGCAGGACCCGGUGUGGCGCGGCCCGCCGCCCACCAACGGCGUCAUGCACGUGGACGAGUGCAUGGAGUUCCACCGGCUGUGGAGCGCCAUGCAGUUCGUCUACUGCAUCCCCGUGGGCACCAACGAGUUCACGGCCGAGCAGUGCUUCGGGGACGGCCUCAACUGGGCCGGCUGCUCCAUCGUGGUCCUCCUGGGCCAGCAGCGCCGCUUCGACCUGUUUGACUUCUGCUACCACCUGCUCAAGGUGCAGAGGCAGGACGGCAAAGACGAGAUCAUCAAGAACGUGCCCCUGAAGAAGAUGGCCGACCGGAUCCGGAAGUAUCAGAUCCUGAACAACGAGGUGUUCGCCAUCCUGAACAAGUACAUGAAGUCGGUGGAGACGGACAGCUCCACGGUAGAGCACGUGCGCUGCUUCCAGCCGCCCAUCCACCAGUCGCUGGCCACCACCUGCUAGGCAGGCCUGCAGACCACGACCCCGCAGAGGAGAAGCAGGAAGGGACAGAGAGAGGGAGGAAGCCACGGUCAGCCCGAACAGGGACUGACCGGGACGGGGUGCAGGCUGGGCCCGCCGCGCCCCCUGCUGGCCGGGCCGUGCAUGCGCUUCCCCGACGGCUCCCUGGGGGGGGGUCCCACCGUGGAAAUGAAAAUCACAAACAAGCAAA